CUGUAUAAAAUGGGGACCAUGAAUGGUGCUGUGCUCAUGGAAAAGGUGUUCAAUAAAUCUGAACUUAGAGCCGGCUUUUACACGACCACGAAGAGACCACUGACGACUUACGCGAAAGCAGCAAUGGCCAUCCUACAAACCUGUCUCCGACGGUGGCAUUGGGUGAUCACGCUGGCAACAUUCGCGCUGUUUUUCCUCGUUCUUGGACCAGUGUUCAAUUUCAGCAUAUUGUAUGUGAGUCUUCAGGACGAGUUCGAGUCCACUGCGGCAAUAACAGGUUGGUUGGGGUCUUUAUCGGCCGCCUUAUACCGACUAUUCAGUCCCGUGACCGUUCUGCUCGAGCAGAGGCUAAGCAAGAGGGCAGUCACGUUGAUUGGGCUCGUGCUGUACUGCGCAGGACUUUUGAUGACGUCAUUCGUACCGGCGCUGGGCUACGCGUACAUAACGUACGGAGUCCUAUCGGGUGUUGGCGCCAAUCUCACGCUUCAUUCAUCGCUUGAACUGUUGCUGGAAUGGUUUGCGAAGGGCAACUUUGCCCGUGCGAGUGCAAUCGCUUUGUUGGGAUCCACCUCAGGUAUGCUCGCCUUCAGCCCAUUACUGACAAUACUCAUAACUAACCAUGGGUGGCGCAAUGCACUGAGAGUUCUCAGCGGAGGGAUAUUCGUGGUGGGCGUCGCCGACGGAUUGCUUCUGACCGAUCCCCCGACUACAGAAGACAUCCCCCUGUUGCAAAAUAGAUACGAGGACACAGAACAGAAUGAGCACGAAAUGAAAAAUAUCCUGGAAUGGGGACGGGCCGAUGAGAGUUGUGAAAAGGAGAACGAGGAAAAGGAAAGGACUGAGAAAGAUGACGCCAUCGUGUCAAACCGUGAGGGUUACAAUACCAAGCACGAUUGGUGUGAGGUGUGGCGAAUGAUGCGAAGUCUAGAGUUAUGGUUGUGGUCUGUUGCCAAUUUCCUCACGUUCUUGGGAUGGACGUUCUUCAACAUCAAUUUUGCCAGCUACAUGGCCGGACGAGGUCUUCAAAGCGACCAGAUCUCCUACGUCAUUAUGGCCUUAGCCGGAGGAGAACUUGUCGGGAAAAUGCUCAUUGCGUUGAUAGGAGACCAUCUGCCAUUCCAGUAUCUGUAUGUCGUAGUCUCCACGUGUUUUCUUGCAGCCGUUCCUCUGGGAUUGAUGACCAUUGCCAAGACGUUUACUGUGAUGAUGUCAAUUGCAAUAGCAUCAGGUUUUCUGCGAGCGGGAACAUAUGGAGUAUUGUUUGCCGCAAGCGCUGAACUGUUCUUAGAGAUGUAUGGAACCAGUACCGUCAUGGUUCUAACUUUGGUUCCAACAGGGUUCGGGGUCCUAAUCAGUGCUCCUUUAUCAGGCUCACUGUUUGACGCCACUGGGAGCUAUUUCGCCAGUCUUCUCGUCAUCGCCGCCAUCUUUGUUAGCGCUUCGGCGACAUUUCUGUUCAUUCUAGUACGGAGGAAGAUUCUUGCACGUGGUUCAUGUUGCUCAUCAGUAUCACGUGAUGAGCAACAUGAGUAAUAAUAUUCGAAGUGUUUAAUGCGAUCAGGUGACAAUCUAAGCUGAACAUUAGUGUGCCAGAAAAUUACAUUCAAAGGAUAGGAAGCGAUGUCACUGCACACAAUUUUUUUUCCCCCAAAUAUUUUAUUCAAUCUUUCACAAUACGUCGUCAUAUAAGUAUCUCUGCUUAAAGCUUAUUUAACUUCACGUUGAGAUGGAUAGAAAUAAAGCGAGCUAGCCUUUACAAGAAAAACUGAGAGAAUUAUUUAUUAUUAAACAUGCAUUGAAGGAAGCAGAUGAUUUAUGUGGAACAUUGAUGCUACUCGUCGAAAUCCUCAAGGCUUUCCUAAUGAAAAUCAUUCUGUCGUUAGAUCCCGAACUGUUUCUGGGAAAUUGCUCUUAGAUUUGUCCUUGAUAUAUUUCACAGUUUUAUGUAAAAAUCCAAACACUCUUUCGUUUGGUAUACGGAGCACUUUAGACGGUGACAUUAGUACGCUGAUAGUCACAUAUUGGCUUGAGAUUAUUUUUAAGAA